UCAUCCUCAUCCUCAUCCUCCUCCGUUUUCUCUGUCAUCUAGACAACGUGUCUCUUCGGGAGAGGCGAUCCAUCAAAAGAAUAAUGCUCCCGUCUUUUUUAACCUGAAGGGGGGGAUUUUUUUUUAAAUCGUCAUCUCCAUCCUGGAGGGAAUGAAUGGGGAGGUGAUGGAGGGCAACGCUGCGCCGGAGGAGCAGCAGCAGCAGCGUGCCGGCAACGGCUCCCACCUUCCUCCCCCUCCCACCAUCUCCCCGGCCAUCCCGCCCUACGUGAAGCUGGGCCUGACGGUGGUCUACACCGUCUUCUACUCGCUGCUCUUCGCCUUCGUGUACGCCCAGCUCUGGCUGGUGCUGAGGUACCGCCACAAGCGCUUCAGCUACCAGACGGCCUUCCUCUUCCUGUGUCUGCUGUGGGCUGCCCUGCGCGCCCUCCUCUUCUCCUUCUACUUCAGGGACUGCGUGACCGCCAACACGCUGGGGCCCUUCUCCUUCUGGCUGCUCUACUGCUUCCCCGUCUGCCUCCAGUUCUUCACGCUGAGCCUGAUGAACCUCUACUGCGCGCAGGUUUACUUUAAGGCAAAAUCCAAGCACACACCUGCUCUGCUGAAGUACAGGCUGCCGCUCUACCUGGUCUUCCUGGGCGUCAGCCUGACCUUCCUGCUGGUCAACCUGGUGUGCGCCCUGCUGGUCAGGAUCUCGGCGGCGGACGUCAAGACGGUGGUCCUGGUGAGGGUGGCCAUCAACGACAGCCUGUUCGUCCUCUGCGCCGUCUCUCUGUCCGUCUGCCUGUACAAAGUGGCCAAGAUGUCGCUGUCCAGCAUCUACUUGGAGUCAAAGGGAACGUCGGUGUGCCAGGUGACCCUGAUCGGCGUCAUGGUGGUGCUGCUCUACGCCUCGCGGGCCUGUUACAAUCUGGUGGUGCUGGCACUGACCAACAUCGAGACCAUCAACUCCUUCGACUACGACUGGUACAACGUCUCAGACCAGGCUGACCUGCGCUCCUCGCUGGGAGACGCCGGCUACGUGGUGUUCGGGGUGAUCCUGUUCGUCUGGGAGCUGCUGCCCACCUCUCUUGUGGUCUUCUUCUUCAGGGUCCGACGGCCGCCUCAGGACAGGAGCACGGCUGGGAUCCCGAACCACGUUCUCUCCUCCAGAGGGUAUUUCUUUGACAACCCUCGCCGCUACGACAGCGAUGACGACCUGGCGUGGAGCAUUCCUCCCCAGAACGCGUCAGCCAGCCUCUCCUCCGACUGCUACGACUGGGGCAGCCGCCACAGCAGCUUCACCGUGCACAGCGUCAGCGACGAGCAGCGGCUGACGGCCGGCGCCGGGGAGCUGCACCCUUACCCAUGAGGGCCCCCCCCCUGCACAGCCCCACUCUGCACUUUGACACUCAGCAUUUAUUGUGUGUUGUUUUUUUACAUUGGACCAUUGUAGAGUGAAUAGUUUAGCUUAAAAGAGGUCCUAUACAUUUUUCGAAAGGACCCAGUUUCCUGGAGUUUUCUGGUUUGGAGAGCACAGUAGCACUUAAGUCCCGAAUCAACAGGGUUUCUCAGCGGGAAAUUCAACGUCCAGACCCGAAAGUGUCAUUUUUGGCUAAAGCAAGAACAAAAAUCGUGGUUAAUCAGUUCGCGUGAACUAAUCUGAAAUAUAAAGAGCGUCCCCAGUUUUUUUACUUUUGGACCAAAGAUCAGAGGGACGUUCGCUGAUCCUUUUUACUUAAAACAGAUUCUGCCGUGAUGUCAUCGUGAAAUGAUCGUGGAAUACUGUUAAUAAUUUUACAAAAAGGGGCACCCGAAUCCAAACAAUUGGACCCUCAGCAGGCUAAAGCUGGAGAGGAACCCCAAUUCAGAGAACAUCUAUGCUUUCUACUGCACAUGUAACAGAUGUUUGAAUGAAAACUUAUUUUAGGGGACUUUCAAUCCAGUAAUGACAGGAUUUAAACUUAAUUUAUUAGCUACUUUCAAGCAUUUCCUUAUUCAGCUUAGAGUGAAUUGGGGAAUGACUUGGUGACUUGGUGUAGAUAGCUAAACGGCAAGAUUAUCCAUCCAUCCAGACAAAGAGUGAGAGGCCACACACACAUUCACUCCAUUCAGAGCAAUUUAGGGUCCCCAUUUGACCCAACGUGCAGGUUUUUGGGCUGUGGCAGGAAGCCAGAGUACCCAGAGAGAACCCUGGCUCGGGUUGAAAACCCUAACUCCACACAGAAAUGUCCCAGGAACCAGGAACUAACCACAACACCACCGUUUUAUAGUUCCUAGAUGAUAGUUCCUGUUUUUUUAUCUGUGCAGCACAUAAAGGAAGUGGAAUGUAACUGAACCCAAACCGUUGAGAAGGAUGGCAGCCCUCCGUUCACACUCUAUUUAUCCUCAUAUUAAGCGGGAAAGAAACCACCGGGGACUCGCAUGAAGCACUUUGUAAACCAGCUUAAAGCUGAACUUUUCCAUCUGGAUCAGAAAUGUGUCUAACUUGAAAAGAAUAGAACAUGAUCAACUGAGUGAAAGGCUGGGUACACAGAGAUCCACAGACAGAUGUAAUGUAUUUUUGGGGAGACGGUGAUGUUUUGCGAUGGGAAAUCUUUAUACGACUGGAAGUGCAUCAAGACAUGAAAAAAAAUGAAGUCAGAACAAGUUGCGAAGUUCGUUUUUGUAAGAAACGUGUCAUUUACGGUGCCAAAUAGUCCCUAAGGCGAUUUCUGUUGGGCCAUUUUUUUGUCACCCCACGUGAGAGCACAUGUGUCCGUAAGCUGUAAAUACAUUCACCUCCAGCUAUGCUGAAAACCUGGAAUUGUAAAUACAUCCGAAAUCACUCGUUCACAGAACAGAUCAACUCAAAUACGGAUUGAUCCAACGGCAGAGGUCGUCCCAACGAUUCAAAACAAACAUGUUUGAACAUUUCUGAAAGAAGCUCGGACUCUAUAUUUCUAUAACGGGUUUUGUAAGGUCGGAUGUACAGAGGUGUACUUGGUCGAUGAGCUUCUCGUGUGUUUUUGUGGCGUGUUGAGCAUAUGCAACAAUAAAACAAAGUUCCAG